CGCGUAUUUUUUCUUUCUAGUUCAGUGGCCGCACUGAUAUGAUCUAUAUGCCUAUGAUUUUAUCACGAAUAUGGCACAAAGGGAACCAAACAAUCGACCCAGAUUCUACAAACGAUACCUGGACGAUGGAGAAACGAAUAUGCCGUACACUACAAUGCGUCGUCGGAGAAAUCACCUGGAAUUCAUGGAGCCUGAUGUUGACCAGAAUCAUGAUCUACGUCAGCCGGUGGCCAUGCAGCCCCCCAACCGUAACGCUGGCACCGAGGCUGAGGGCACUGGCGAUGCGGAUGGGGAGCAAGAGGUUGAUGACAUGACGGUCAUGGACGAAGAACAUCUCAUGAUGCGGGAAGAGGCUCUCCUGGUACAAAAUGUAGCCGAACCACAACAUGGGGAGGAUGCUGAAUCUGAUGUGAAUUCAAAUGAAGAUGCAGAUGAAGAAGUUCCACCUGGUAACCCAGAAGAGCAUAUCCAUGGAUUGAAUUUUCUAGGUGGGGAUCAGCAAAUCUCAAGUGAAGGAAGUGACAUGAAAAAAAUUGAUUCACUAUUGAUGGUUUUGAGUUAUGCUGUCAAGCACCACUUAUCUGGAGUGGCACUUCAGGAUUUGAUUGAAUUAAUCAAUCUGCACUGUCCAAACACUUUGCCAUCUUCAAAGUAUCUGUUCCACGGUACACUUACAGAUUACAAGGGACUGUGUCAAUUUCAUUUUUACUGCAAAUGUAAAAUGUACAUUGGAUGUGGUGAUGAUAUACAGUUCAUCUGCAAUGAAUGUGGUGCAGAAUUCAGUAGGGAGGAGAGCAUCAAAGGGGGGCAAUUUUUUAUUGUCCUUCCUCUAGCACAGCAAUUACAUCAUUUAUUGCAGUAUACUGAAGUUGGAGACACUAUCCUCAACAGGGAUCUGAAGAUUGAUGCUUCAGAUGAAGAUGAUCUAACUGAUAUAACAGAUGGUGUCAAGUAUAGAGAGAUGAAGAAGGAUGGCUUACUCGCUAACCCUGAAAAUUUCUCUCUGCUUUGGAACUCAGAUGGGGUACCGAUUUUUAAAUCUUCUCAAACUUCCAUCUGGCCUGUUCUGGUGAUGAUCAAUGAACUGCCGAUAAAGAUGAGACGAAAGAAUAUCAUGUUGACGGCACUUUGGUUUGGCGAGUCUAAACCAGAGAUGUCAGUUUUCCUGAAGCCCUUCAUAGAUGAGUGUCAGAAGCUGUCCAUCGAAGGUCUCUCAUGGAAGAUGGGACAAGAUGAAAAGAUAUCCAAGGUGUUUUCACUUGUAUGCACAACAGAUUCUGUUGCUAGACCACUGCUGCAAAACACAACACAGUUUAAUGGAUUUUUUGGUUGUGGUUUCUGUAAGCAGAGAGGAGAGUAUACCGAUGGAGCUGUGAGAUACCCAUAUAUGGAUCCACCACCUCCAAAGAGAAAAGAUCAAGAGACCAAACACACUAGUCUAUUAGCCCAAGAAUCAGGGAGAGUGAUUGAAGGGGUAAAGGGGGUUAGCAUUGUCUCCUUAUUGACGUAUUUCAACAUUGUAUCAGGUUUUAUAGCAGACUAUAUGCAUGCAGUGUGUUUAGGUACAGUGAAAAGAUUUAUGACUAUGUGGAUCGAUCCCGCUAAUAGACAAAAAGAGUGGUACAUUGGCCGCUUAAAACAAGAGAUUGACAAGAGAUUGAGAAAUGCUAAAGUGACUAAAGAGGUUUCUAGACUGCCAAGACAUCUCAAGGAUUUGAAAUUCUGGAAGGCUAUAUCAGCGCUUCUCGCUAGCAGAGCGGGAAAGGUCUUGACUGCAGAUAAAUCAAGGUGGCGAGGCAAACUAUCACUUUCUGGCAAGCUGGAUGUACAAGUACUCGCUAUCUUUCCUCAGCUUCGCUUUGGAAAGAUAGCUACAUCCAGCUUGCCUCGUGAUAGUUCGCCCAUCACCUUCACCAACAGUGAUUAUUUGCUUACUUUCAAGAGCAGCGUUGCAGCUACAGUGGACAGCAAGAUUGAGCAGCUCACUAAGACCCUGACCAAGCAGAUGGAGAACAAAGGUCGGGAGAUCAACGAGUACAGGGAGAAGCACAAUCUCAAGGUCAGAGGGGAGCAACCUCCAGACCAGGCUCCAAUGGAGAAGUCGGAUUCAUCAGGGUCAGCGGGGGUUUUAGUAUCUAAGGACACGUAG